UCCACAUCGCCUCCUCCUCAUUUUAUUACACCUCGAAAGCAGAGAGAGAGAGAGAGAGAUUCAGAGAAAGGAGGGAGAAAGGAGCUGAGGUGGGUCUCAUUACCAUAACCAGCUCCAUACGAACAUAAACGACGUCGUUCCCUCGACCUAUCCUCUGCAAUCUCUCCUCCCACGAGUUUCUCUCAGCUUUUCUCGGGUUGUAAUCUAAUCUAAAUACCAGUGGAGAUCUUGUCUCGCGGUGGGAUUACGUUUAUCGUGUUCGACGCAUUUAACUGCAGAAGAGAUGGUGAUGUGGGUCUUUGGAUAUGGCUCUCUUGUGUGGAACCCAGGAUUUCAUUACGAUGAGAAAGUGCUUGGUUUCAUCAAAGGAUAUAAACGUGUCUUUGAUCUUGCUUGCAUUGAUCACAGAGGUACACCAGAACACCCUGCAAGAACUUGCACACUCGAGAAAGAUGAAGAAGCCAUAUGCUGGGGUGCUGCAUUCUGUGUCCGUGGAGGGCCAGAAAAGGAACGUCUGGCUAUGGAGUACUUGGAACGUAGAGAGUGCGAAUAUGAUCUCAAGACAUGUGUGGACUUUUACAAGGAAGAUGAUCCCCUGAAGCCAUCUGUAACUGGAGUGAUAGUAUUCACUUCUACUCCAGACAAGGUCUCCAAUAAGUAUUACCUUGGACCUGCGCCAUUAGAAGACAUGGCAAGACAAAUUGCGACAGCCAAUGGACCAUGUGGUAACAACAGAGAUUACCUCUUCCUGCUAGAGAAGGCAAUGCACGAUAUCGGGCAUGAGGAGGAUUAUGUUAUAGAGCUGGCAAACGAGGUGAGGAAAGUUUUAGCGGAGUCCUCGAUGAAGAAAGUGACACCCGUGAAGGAACCAAGAGCUAGCCGUGUGGUUAACAAGGCAAAGAGCAAUGUCCCCACGGCUCAUCAGAUACUUCCUCAUCAACCUGAAGCUGUUGCCACUACGAUAUAGCUAUUGCAUUCGUCUUUUAAUUGGCUUUGAAGACAAGUGAAAACAGAUUGUUUUGUUUCUAUUUUAACAAAAUUCGGUUGAGUAGAGACACGUGAUCCAUCGUUGUGCGUUUGGAACUUUGUUGUCUUCAGUUAGUAAACGAUUGCUAGCUUUGCAACCUUUUCAAGAACAAUAAAAUAUAUUUCAAAGUAA